AUGAUACUGCUAACAGAACACUCAAAGCCCGGCGUAAACAACCGCCUGCCUUACUCCGCCAAGAGCUGGCAACGCAGCGUCAGCAACUUUCUGAAGACGCACCGCGGCAGCAAGCGCAGGCGCGAGAGCACGCCGCCCGAAAGUGACGGCUCCGUCACGCCCCCCGACGAGCUACAGCAGUAUCUCGGGGACCUGAAAGCCGUCAUCACGAAGCAGUGGGGCGAGGACGUCCAGACAUGGCUUCCCGCCGAGCUCCCUUACCCUCCCGAGUACAUGAGCUCCGACAAGCUGCAUAAAUGGCCGCCGGGCGUGGUCGCCGCACUGUCAGAGCUCGCGCAGGCUGUCGGCAGCGAUUCAGAGAAGCGAGAGGAGGCGCUGGAUCACAUGGCCACGGCCGUCGCUGUUCGGAGGUCGUUGUCCCGCAAGAUGAAGACCGGCGGCGAGUGGGUUGCGUGCACGGAUGUUGAAUACGCCACAGCGAAGAUGAACGGCCAAGCGACAAGCGCGACGACUUCAGCAACUGCUUCGUACGGUGCUCCGCCGCAGCUCCCCAGCGAUGUGCAGAGAGCUGGUGAGGCCAGAAGCGGCGCCUUUACCGAGGAGUUUAUGUGGGUGAACAACAACUGGGAGGGCAACCUGAACCAAAGCCGGCCUGACAAGAAGAGGAGAUUCGAUCCGGAGCUGGGCUCAGAGGAGGGGAGUGUCUGCUCCAACAGUGAGAUCCCCAGCGGUGUCGAGUUCGAGUCGUUCCGCCUGAAGAAGAGGAAUGCCGCCCUGAAGGCUAGGAAUGCAGAGUUGAAGCAGGAAAUCGCGAUGGCUCAUGGCCAGGUGGAUGCCGAGCGGAUGAGGAGGGAGGACGCUGAAAGCUUCAUGAGUACGAUCAGGACUUCGAUGUCCAAGUACCUCGGAGAGCCGAAGCUGGAGGAUCCAGAGGAGUACAUAUCGGAUACAAGGAACGCACUGUCUUCGUACCUAAGGGACGCAGAGAAGAGGCAGGAAUUCCUGUAG